AUGUGGCACUCUAAACCAGUGUUGACAGACGAGGAGAGCUUGAGCCAUGUCAGCCCCAGCAGCCUGGCAAUACCGAAGCCCGCCGGCUUCCUGCCUGCGCUGCAGCUGCCGCGCAGCGCCCCUGCCCUGGGCUGUGUUGAGCCCCGGCGCUACCGCAGGGAGCUCCUGUUUGCCACGCCGACAAGGUGGCCCACGCGGGUCCUCUACGUGACAGAGACCGGGUUUCAGGACCCCUGCCACACCCGGCCCUACGCGGUCUUCGCAGAGCGCUCCCGGCCCCUGCGGCCACUGUUCCUGUGCUGGGAGGGCGGGGCGGGGCAGCCCCGCCCGACGCCUCUCCGUGUCUCCGGUCCCCUGCCACCGACUGAUGUCACCGAGCGGUGUCCUGAUGCUUCUCUGCCUCUUCCCGUCCGCCUGCACGCUUGUCCUCGGUCCCUGGGGUCCGCGCUUCUCGGGAAACCGAAACUGCUGUCCUGGCACGUCCUGCAUCCGGCCGGGCUGGGCUCGGUGCGCCGGCCGGGAGGCUGCCCCUGGGGUGGCGGAGGAGCCGGCCAAGAGGAGGUGGCCAAGCUGGAGAAGCACCUGCUGCUUCUCCGCCAGGAGUACGUGAAGCUGCAGAAGAAGCUGGCGGAGACGGAGAAGAGAUGCAGUCUCUUGGCCGCGCAGGCUAACAAGGGAGACGGCAGCGAGUCCUUCAUCAGCCGCCUGCUGGCGAUCGUGGCCGACCUGUAUGAGCAGGAGCAGUACAGCGAUCUGAAGAUAAAGGUUGGGGGCAAGCGCAUCAGUGCUCACAAGUUUGUCCUGGCGGCCCGCAGCGACAGCUGGAGUCUGGCCAGUUUGUCUUCCACCGAGGAGCUGGACCUGUCAGAUGCUGACCCCGAGGUGACCAGGACCAUGCUCCGCUGGGUCUACACGGACGAGCUGGAGUUCGGAGAAGACGAUGCGUUCCUCACCGAGCUGAUGAAGCUGGCUAACCGCUUCCAGCUGCGCCUCCUCGGGGAGAGAUGUGAGAAGGGUGUCAUGUCUCUGGUGAACGUCAGGAACUGUAUUCGCUUCUAUCAGACGGCGGAGGAGCUGGGCGCCGGCACGCUGAUGAACUACUGUGCGGAGAUCAUCGCCAGUCACUGGGACGACCUGCGGAAGGAGGACUUCAGCAGCAUGAGUGCCCAGUUGUUGUACAAAAUGAUCAAAUCCAAGACUGAGUACCCGUUGCAUAAGGCCAUCAAAGUCGAGAGAGAGGACGUGGUCUUCCUCUAUCUAAUUGAGAUGGACUCACAGCUCCCGGGGAAGCUGAAUGAAGCGGACCAUAACGGAGACCUCCCCUUAGACUUGGCCCUGUCGCGGCGACUGGAGAGCAUCGCCGCCACGCUGGUCAGUCACCGAGCCGAUGUGGACAUGGCGGACAGGAACGGCUGGAGCCUGUUGCACAAAGGCAUCCAAAGAGGAGAUCUCUUUGCUGCCACGUUCCUCAUUAAGAACGGGGCCCUUGUCAAUGCUGCUACGUUGGGGGCCCAGGAGACGCCAUUGCACCUUGUGGCGUUGUACAGUUCCAAGAAGCACUCUGCGGACGUGAUGUCCGAGAUGGCCCAGAUCGCAGAGGCCCUCCUGCAGGCCGGUGCCAACCCCAACAUGCAAGAUAGCAAGGGCAGGACCCCCUUACAUUUGUGCAUCGUGGCCAGGAACGAACUCGUGUUCAGUCAGCUGCUGCAGUGCAAACGGCUGGACCUGGAGCUGAAGGACCACGAGGGCAGCACCGCCCUGUGGCUCGCGGUGCAGUACGUCACGGUGUCUCCCGACCGCUCGGUGAACCCCUUCGAGGACCUCCCGGUGCUGAACGGGACGUCGUUUGAUGAAAACAGCUUUGCGGCGAGACUCAUCCAGCGCGGCAGUGACACCAACGCGCCCGACGCCGUGACAGGGAACUGCCUACUGCAGCGGGCGGCCGAAGCCGGGAACGAGGCGGCGGCCCUUUUCCUGGCCACCAGCGGAGCCCAUGUCAACCACAGGAACAAGUGGGGAGAAACCCCGCUGCACACGGCCUGUCGGCACGGGCUGGCCAGCCUCACCGCGGAGCUCCUGCAGCAAGGCGCCAACCCCAACCUGCAGACCGCGGAGGCCGCGCCCCCGGCCGGCGCCGGGGACGGCAUCUACCUGCAGACGCCGCUGCACAUGGCGAUUGCCUACGAUCACCCGGACGUGGUGUCUGUCAUCCUGGAGCAGAAAGCUAACGCUCUUCACGCCACCAACAACUUGCAAAUCAUUCCGGACUUCAGCCUCAAGGAUUCCCGAGACCAGACUGUGCUGGGCCUGGCGUUAUGGACGGGCAUGCACACGAUCGCAGCCCAGCUGCUGGGCUCCGGUGCUUGCAUCAACGACACCAUGUCGGACGGGCAGACCUUGCUGCACAUGGCCAUGCAGCGGCAGGACAGCAGGAGCGCCCUCUUCCUCCUGGAGCACCAGGCGGACAUCAGCGUCAGGACCCAGGACGGGGAGACGGCCCUGCAGCUGGCCAUCAAGAACCAGCUCCCUCUCGUCGUGGACGCCAUAUGCACGCGAGGGGCAGACAUGUCUGUGCCGGACGAGAAGGGGGACCCCCCGCUGUGGCUUGCGCUGGCGAAUCACCUGGAGGACAUCGCAUCCACUCUGGUCAGACACGGUUGCGAUGCCACAUGCUGGGGCCCAGGGCCCGGCGGGUGCCUUCAGACGCUCCUGCACAGGGCCAUCGACGAGAACAACGAGCUUACGGCCUGCUUCCUCGUCCGCAGCGGCUGCGAUGUGAACAGUCCCAGACAGCCUGGUGCUAACGGAGAAGGGGAGGAGGAAGCCAGAGACGGGCAAACACCCUUGCAUUUGGCAGCCUCCUGGGGGCUGGAAGAGACGGUGCAGUGUCUUCUGGAAUUUGGUGCCAAUGUAAACGCACAGGAUGCAGAAGGAAGGGCACCUGUCCACGUGGCCAUCAGCAACCAGCACGACGGCAUCAUUCAGUUGCUGGUCUCCCAUCCUGACGUCCACCUGAGUGUCCGUGACAGACAGGCGCUGACCCCGUUUGCCUGCGCCAUGACCUACAAGAAUAACCGGGCAGCCGAGGCCAUCCUAAAGCGAGAGCCUGGGGCUGCUGAGCAGGUGGACAACAAGGGCCGGAAUUUUCUUCACGUGGCAGUCCAGCACUCUGAUAUCGAGAGCGUCCUGUUCCUGAUCAGCGUGCAGGCCAAUGUGAACUCCAGAGUGCAGGACGCCUCCAAGCUGACCCCUCUGCACCUCGCUGUCCAAGCAGGGUCAGAGAUCAUCGUCCGCAACCUGCUUCUUGCAGGAGCCAGAGUGAAUGAGCUGACGAAGCACCGCCAGACUGCCCUGCACCUCGCUGCGCAGCACGACCUGCCCACCAUCUGCUCCGUCCUCCUGGAGAACGCGGUGGACUUCGCUGCUCUGGACGAGAAUGGAAAUAACGCUCUUCACCUGGCGGUCAUGCACGGUCGGCUCAACAACAUCCGGGUCCUCCUGACCGAGUGCACUGUGGACGCCGAAGCCUUCAACCUACGGGGCCAGUCACCACUGCACAUCCUGGGUCAGUACGGCAAAGAGAACGCGGCCACCAUCUUUGAGCUCUUCCUGGAGUGCAUGCCUGAGUACCCUCUGGACAAACCGGAUGCGGAAGGAAACACAGUGCUGCUCUUGGCAUACAUGAAGGGGAACGCCAACCUGUGCCGCGCCGUCGUCCGCGCUGGGGCCCGCCUGGGGGUCAACAAUAACCAAGGAGUGAACAUUUUCAACUACCAAGUUGCCACCAAGCAGCUUCUGUUUAGACUGUUAGAUAUGCUGUCCAAGGAGCCUCCGUGGUGCGACGGCUCCACCUGCUAUGAGUGUGCCACCAAGUUCGGAGUCACGACGCGCAAGCAUCACUGCCGUCACUGUGGACGCCUCCUUUGCCAUAAAUGCUCGACCAAGGAGAUUCCUAUUAUAAAGUUUGACCUCAACAAGCCUGUGCGAGUCUGCAACAUUUGCUUUGACGUGCUGACUCUGGGGGGCGUCUCCUAG